UCCCUUCUUCAUUUCCAAUUCCAACCAGCUUUGUUCCACCAUUGUUUACUCGCCUUCUACAAUCAACAAUGCUAUGCUAGGUUUCGUUCUCUCAGUGUUGGGUGAAGGGGUCAGAGGAAGAGUUAUUGAAGCUAGACUGAGUCAGUGACCUUGUCUUGCUUAUUAUACAAAGACCGUGGGAUAAGAUGGGCAACAAGGAAAGAGGGAUCUUCACCAUGAGAAACAAACUUGCUUGCUGCUCUAGACAAUGGAAAAUUAGCAUUGAUUUUGAUGACCAACAAAGGAUAAUGACGUAUAAUGGACUUGAGAGUUGCAUUCUAAAUAAUCAGUCAUAUGAAGAUGAAAGCAGAACAAGCAGAGGAGAUGGAUGCAUAACUGAUUCAUUUGAAGAUGAUGAUUCCACUACUUGCUCGUCCAGCAAAGAUGCUUUUGGAUCAUUCUCUUCGAAAUGCUUAACAAUGAAAAGGGAUGAGCAAGAAGUAUGGGAACUCGCGGAAAGUCCUCAGCACUUUUAUGCCAAAGAGAAACCUUCUUAUGCUAUCCAAUAUUCGGAUGUGGAAGCCAUGAAGGAAAAAUUUUCAAAGCUGUUGUUAGGUGAAGAUGUCACAGGGGGAACCAAGGGACUCAACACAGCUUUGGCGCUGUCGAAUGCCAUCACAAACCUAGCAGUGACAAUUUUUGGUGAGCUUUGGAAAUUGGAACCUCUAUCUGAAGAAAGGAAGAGCAAAUGGAGAAGAGAAAUGGACUGGUUACUGUCUCCUACCAACUACAUGGUUGAGCUAGUACCUGCGAAGCAAAGUGGUGCCAAUGGAGGGAUGUUUGAGAUUAUGACCCCGAAAGCACGCGCAGACAUCCACAUGAACCUUCCAGCACUUCAGAAGUUGGACUCCAUGCUUAUUGAGGCACUAGAUUCGAUGGUAGAUACUGAAUUCUGGUAUGCAGAGGGAGGAAGCAGGGCCGAAGGGAGGAGCACGAGUUCACAGCAAAGCAAAAGGUGGUGGCUUCCGUCACCCCAAGUUCCAAGAACCGGCCUUUCGGACACUGCAAGGAAGAGGCUGCUUCAUCAGGGAAGGGUGCUAUGUCAAGUGUUCAAGGCUGCCAAAUCUAUCAAUGAAAAUGUGCUGCAUGAGAUGCCUGUGCCAGAUAUUAUUAAGGAUGCACUUGCAAAGUCUGGAAAGGCAAACCUUGGACAGGAACUUUACAAGGUUUUGACAGCUGAAUCAAGCUCUCCAGAAGAUAUGCUUAAAUCCCUGAAUCUAAAAUCUGAGCAUUACGCCCUUGACACCAUUAACAAAUUGGAAGCUGCUAUGUUCUCAUGGAAACAGAGAAUUGCAGAACAACUUAAUGGCAAAUCCCCAGUUAGAACUUCAUGGUCUUUUGGGAAAGACUCUAUGUCAGAGGUUGAUAAAAUGGAGUUAUUAUUAGAACGGGCAGAAACACUUUUGCAGCUGAUUAAACUCAGAUAUCCAAACCUUCCUCAAACAUUUCUUGAUGCUACUAAAGUUCAAUAUGGCAAGGACAUUGGGCAGUCCAUUUUGGAGGCUUAUUCCAGAGUUCUUGGAAACUUAGCCUUCAGCAUCCUCUCUAGAAUUGGAGAUAUACUGCAAGAAGAUUCUCUAAGCAAUCCUAACUCACCAGCGACCUCAAUCUGCUCCCCAGCAUUGACGAACCUCUCCGAAGCAUGGGUGGUUGGUUCACAUAUCAGGCACUCCUUACUUGAUAGGAUGAACAAAUUGGAUCAUCAGUACUGCGAAUCGAGUUGUGGCAGUACUUCUGAUAUAGAAUUCUCAUCAAUUGAUGCCAAGUCCAGCUCAGUAUCGGCUACUCCUAGUCGGAGCCGAGUUUGGUGCAUUGGCAGGGAAGCUUGUGCAAGUAUUUCUGCUCAAAAUUCCCCAUAGCAGUGGCUUUCCAUAGCCAUCCUUUGUAAAUCUUACUAUAUAAACUUGGUAAAAAUAGAAGCAAACUAGUAGGUUUGCCUUCUCGUAAAUUUUGGAUGGUUUUAUAGUUAACUUUGCACAAUCCUAGUCGUAGGUUGUUUCUGUAUAUUGUUGAGUUUCAUGUGUAUGACUUAACAAUUGAAUAUUUAUAUAUCAUACCCAAGUUUCAGA